AUGUACACAGCCGCGGAGAACGGCCAUUCAGCAAUUGUCAAGAACCUCAUAGACUAUGGAGCGAACAGCGAAGACAUAAUGAGCUCAGCCGUCAGCAGCGGCUCCCUGUGCAUGGUGCGGAUGCUGCUCGAUCGCGGCAUCGACGUCCACAAUGCCUUCCUAAAUCCACUCUAUCACGCUGUUAAGCUGGAGCACGAGGCUAUGUUCCGCCUCCUGAUUGAACGAGGGGCUGAUCUACGGCGGCCUUUAAGGAGGGACGGAGGCGGUUACAGAGAACAGACGACCAGUGACGCUUGUAUGGAAAAGGCGCAAGGAUCGGAGUCAAUGAUGGCGCUUUUGAAUGAGCACGGCGUCGACGUUGAGAGUUGGCCCUGGGAUUUGAUGGAUGAAGAUGAGCAUAAUCAUUACCUUAGUGCCGUACUAGCUGAAGGGGUAGAGCAGCAUGACGGGUGGUCGUGGGAAGCUCAGGAAGAAAACAAUGCCCGGGUUGGUGAAGUACUAGCUGCAUAUGGGGAAGAUGUUUGUCAACCACCUCUCACUCGCCAUAUUUCCCAGCAAAAGGCUUACUGUCAAGGGUUGGCUCAUCCUGCGCCUUCUCAUAAACUCACUUCAUGCGCUUACACUCCCCCAUCUUCCCCAGGACCUCCCAAUCCAGCUCGUAGCAAAGGCGCGACAAGGUGGUUCGUUAUGCCAGACUAUAUCAAGACGGCCGAGGACAUCUUCAGUUCAGUACUUUCAUGGUAA